AUGAGAGUUCCGGCUGGCGUUCUCUGGAGCGCGGCUGGGGCUGCCUGGCGGAGCAGCUUCUCCUUUGCUGGCCAGGAUGUGGCGCGCUGGUUCCCAGGACAUAUGGCCAAAGGUCUCAAGAAGAUGCAGAGCAGUCUGAAGCUGGUGGACUGUAUCAUCGAGGUGCAUGAUGCUCGGAUUCCAUUAUCUGGCCGCAAUCCCUUGUUCCAGGAAACUCUUGGAAUUAAGCCUCACCUGCUUGUACUUAACAAAAUGGAUUUGGCAGAUCUUAAAGAGAAACAGAAAAUCGUGGAGCGCCUGAACAAAGAGGGAGUGAAAAAUGUAAUUUUUACCAAUUGUAUAAAGGAUGAAAACAUAAAAGAGAUUGUUCCAUUGGUUACCGAACUGAUAGAGAGUGGCUACCGCUAUCAUCGAGGAGAGAACCUGGAAUAUUGUAUCCUGGUGAUUGGGGUGCCAAAUGUGGGCAAGUCCUCACUCAUCAACUCCCUCAGGAGACAGCACCUCAAAAAAGGAAAAGCCUCUCGAGUGGGUGGCCAUCCUGGGAUCACCAAAGCAGUUAUGUCUAGAAUUCAGGUAUGUGAGCGGCCUUUGAUGUUCCUGCUGGAUACUCCUGGUGUGCUGGCUCCACGGAUCCAGGAUGUAGAGACUGGGCUGAAACUUGCCACGUGUGGAACUAUAUUGGAUCAUUUGGUAGGAGAAAACAUCAUUGCUGAUUAUCUUCUUUUUACACUUAAUAAGCAACAGCAGUUCAAGUAUGUGGAGCAUUAUGACCUUGGGGAAGCUUGUGAUGACAUAGGAAGUGUGCUGAAAAAGAUUGCCAUAAAACUCAAGAAGAUUCACAAAGUGAAAAUGCUUACUGGGACAGGAGAUGUGAAUGUAAUUCAGCCCGACUAUUCUGCAGCGGCCUAUGACUUCAUCCGAAGCUUCCGCAGUGGGGCGCUGGGCCAAGUCAUGUUCGACAGUGCUCUCCUGGAGGAGCCGCGGGCCUGUUGGGGUUCUGAUGCUUGAGGCGGAGCAGGGCACACUCUGCUCUGCCGCCUUCUCCCCGGGUGGCCUCUGGCAAGGUGCCUAACCUGUCUGCGCUCAGUGUCCUCCUCUGUAAGAGGAGGCCGUCGGAAUAGAGGUCCCUCCUGGCUCUGAACGUGAAGCUGCGAACCUGAAGGCCCAGCCACCCUCUCUGGGAGCCGCCACCUCCAGGAGGCGUCCCCUGUCUUGGCAGUGAUUUUCAUCAUGUCUUGCACAAUACAAAAGUGUAAUUGUCUAAAUCUACAAGUAUAUUUUCUAGGCUAGGCUACAGUCAAUGAAAUGGAAUAAUCAUUGAAUUCCUUUGAGAAACUUUACAUGUUCCUACAAUAACUUGGCUUUUUCCUUCUGUACAUCAUAAAGAAAUCUUAAACAACUUGGACAUAUUGUUAGUCAGCUAUAGGGAAGGAUUUUGAUUUAACUGAAUUUCACUUGUAGAAGAUUCUGAUUAUCAUCUGAAGUAGCUAUAAUUCAGGCCAAAAGUAGAACUUGGAGCAGUGAUCCCUGUGUUCUUUCUUCUUGUGACCCACUUAAAUGGUUGUUUUCUUGGCUAAUCACCUUUGUACCGCCUACAGCUUGAUGCCAUGUAGUUCGUCCCUACUUAGGAAAGAGACUGGUUUGAGAUGCUCCUAGCCAGGUAUUUUGUUAGGAACUUGCUAUUCUUAAUUGCUGUCGUAAUAUUCCAGGGAUUCCAUUGUUUAAAAAAUAAGCAGCUUUCUAAUAUAGUGGUUUAUUUUCAUAUUACUUUCAAAACAUAAAUAAAAACUUGAACAGAU